AUGGACUCUGUACGUCCUUUUAAUGAUUCCUGUCCAGGAAACCUAAACAACGUACCUGGAUAUCUUCUCUUAACUCUAAUUAACGGUUUGUUGAGGUCCAAGUGUAAUCUAGGAUCGAAGGAUAAUUAUCAGGAAGAUUAUUCACCAAAUCUGAAAGAUGGAGAUGAAUUUGAUUUUAUAGUGAUAGGAAGUGGAUCUGCAGGGUCUGUGGUAGCUAACAGAUUAAGUGAAAAUCCUAACUGGAGAGUGUUGGUACUAGAGGCAGGAGGAUAUCCUUCAGCUACAAGUGAUAUCCCCAUUCUAUUAUAUAGCUUACAAGAGACCGAAGAGGAUUGGCAAUACAAAAUUGAACCUUCCGAAAAGGCAUGUUUAUCCUUCAAAGACGGCAGAUGCAGAUGGACGAGGGGAAAAGUCUUAGGUGGCAGCAGCACCUUAAAUGCGAUGUUAUUUACCAAAGGCAACCAAAGGGAUUACGACCAAUGGGCAGAGCUUGGUAAUACCGGGUGGAGUUGGAAGGAUGUAAAAAAACAUUUUGCAAAAAUUGAUGAGUCAGCAAUUUGUUCGCACAAAUAUGACGCUGGAGACCCAAUAAAAAACGCGAUUAUUAAAGCAUACAAACAACAAGGAUACAGACACCACGAAAAACAAAGCCCAGAAGAUCCAAUAGGAUCCAUAGAAACAACAGUGUGCAUCAAGGAUGGAAUGCGUAAUAAUGCGGCAAAAGCAUUUUUGGGAAAUUUUAAAAAAAGACAAAAUUUAUUGAUUUCUCUUCAUUCUUUCGUUCAAAAAAUUUUGAUAGAUCCUAAAACAAUGACAGCAUAUGGAGUUAAAAUAAAGAUUGGUAGCAAAAUAUUGAAUUUAAAGAGCAACAAAGAGAUUAUUUUGUCAGGCGGCACUAUUAAUUCAGCACAACUACUAAUGUUAUCUGGUAUAGGACCUAGAACGCAUCUGGAAGAUCUAGGAAUAUAUGUUGCCAAAGAUUUACCGGUGGGAAAAUACUUGCAAGAUCAUAUCAUGCACUACGGAUUCGAUAUCUCGUUGUCACCAAAUUCAAUGCUACCUGAGCAUCAAUACAGUCGGAGUCAUAAAUCACUGGGAUUCAUCAACACCAGAAACGACUCAAUUUACCCAAAUAUUCAAUAUCAUCACACACUUUUUCCACAAAAUGAUGCACUUUUAUUGCCAACAGUUUGCCAGGGAGCAGGUUUAAAGGAAAGUAUUGUGAAAAGUAAACUAGACUCACUCAAAUCUGGUAAUUUGCUAGCUCUUUACACCACUCUACUAAAUCCAAAAUCAACUGGCCGAAUAACUUUAAAGAGCAAAUUUCCUGAAGAUAAACCCAUCAUUGAUGCAGGGUAUUUCACAGAUGAACAGGAUGAUGACCUACACGUCAUGCUCGAGGGAAUUAGGUUUCUCGAAAAGUUGAUUGAAUCUCCAGAAAUACAAAAGUUCGGUGCUCAAAUUAUCCAGUACGAAGGCCUAGAUUGCAACGAAUACAAAUUCAGAUCGGAAGAAUACUGGAAGUGCAGUUUAAGACAUUUGGCUACCACCGUUUACCAUCCAACCAGUUCUUGCAAAAUGGGACCAACAGAUGAUGGCACUUCUGUUGUAGAUCCAAACCUUAAGGUGCAUGGGAUAAAAAACUUAAGGGUAGUUGAUGCUAGUAUCAUGCCACAUGUGGUUAGUGGGAAUACGCAUGCUCCAACUAUGAUGAUAGGACAUAAGGCUGGCGAUAUUAUAUCUAAGGAUUGGUUGAAACGAGAACGAGAAGAGCUGUAA